AGAGAGAGAGAGAGCAUGCAAUAAAGACUAGGUCAUUUCUACCUUCCAACCUUCUGAUAGUAGUGGGGGAGGGAACAGUGGGAAAGUUAGGUAAUGAUUUGUCAUCCUCAAGCCUGCCGUAGUUGUCAACCCUACCGUGCUGGAGAUCCUCGCUGUGAUUGACAGCAGGGUCGUGGGGGCCUCACUUGUCUCUGUUGACAGUAAUAAUGCGGAUUUGUCAAAGCCUAAUGGACAUGGAGAUGCCAGAUUACGCCGAGUCCCUCGACUCCUCAUACACCAUGUUGGAGUUCGAAAACCUGAGGGUGCUGCCCACAAACUCAUCAGAUGCCAUUGUUUCAGAGUCAGGGAGUGGCGGCCUGCUGGCAAAUGGGAUCAGCUCAAUGUGUGCCAUCUGUGGGGACCGUGCUACUGGGAAGCAUUAUGGAGCUUCCAGCUGUGAUGGCUGCAAAGGGUUCUUCAGAAGGAGCGUCCGUAAGAAUCACGUCUACUCGUGCAGAUUUAGCAGGCAGUGCGUAAUAGACAAGGACAAGAGGAACCAGUGCCGAUACUGCCGCCUGAAGAAGUGUUUCCGGGCAGGAAUGAAGAAGGAAGCUGUACAGAAUGAGCGUGACAGGAUCAGCAUCCGCCGGAGCAGUUACGAAGACAACGGAGCCUUGUCAAUCACCAUUCUGACCCAAGCAGAGGCGAUGGCGCAUCAGUAUUCAGCUCUCCGUCCUGUGCACAGUGCUGAUAUUGCCAUGAAGAAGAUUGCGACAAUCAAUGAUGUGUGUGAGUCGAUGAAGCAGCAGCUCCUGGUCCUCGUUGAGUGGGCAAAAUACAUCCCAGCAUUCUGUGAGCUUCCCUUGGAUGAUCAGGUUGCCUUGCUAAGAGCCCAUGCUGGUGAGCACUUACUGCUGGGAGCUGCAAAGCGUUCUAUACCGUACACGGAUUUUCUAUUACUAGGAAACGACUUCAUCAUCCCAAUGCACUGUCCAGAGCUUGAAAUUGCCCGUGUAGCUACCAGAAUUCUGGAUGAGCUGGUGAAGCCCUUGCGAGAAAUUCAGAUUGAUGAGAAUGAAUACGCUUGCCUGAAAGCCAUUGUGUUCUUUGACCCAGAUUGCAAAGGCCUGAGUGAGCCCGGGAAGGUGAAAAACAUGCGUUUUCAGGUACAGGUGAAUUUGGAGGAUUACAUUAACGACCGGCAGUAUGACUCGCGAGGCCGAUUCAGUGACAUUCUCCUCCUGCUGCCUCCUCUCCAAAGCAUCACUUGGCAGAUGAUUGAGCAGGUUCAGUUCGUCAAGCUCUUUGGAGUGGCAAGGAUCGACAGCUUGCUUCAGGAAAUGCUUCUGGGAGGGACAACUAUGGAUGCACCACAGUACCAGUCAGGACCUUCCAGCCUUAACAUGGAACCUCUUCCGGGACACAUUGUGCUCCCCAGCAGCAUCGGAUCAGUAAUUCACACCAUUUCAGCCUCAUCUCCUGAAACAUCCCUUCCUUCUCCUUCGACCAGUACAGGAAGUGAAGAUUACAAGCUAGGUCCUGCCCCCAGGCCUGAAGUAGUACCUGCGACUGUUUUGCCUCAGGUGGUGAUACCCAAACAGGAGAUUCUAUAAAGAACCACGCUGAAGAAAUCAAUAAUUUAACCUUUCAAGUCUUAAGUCCAACCAUCACUGUUCCCACAGUAGCAGCUAGCACUGCCAACCUCGCGGGGCCCUUUUCAGACACUGAAACAAAAUGGCACCUUUCAACAAAGACAGGAGAGAGCUCACCUGUCGGCAGUUUCCCCUUCCUAUGGGCUCAUGUCAUUUCCUCAGUUAGAAUUGUAAGGUGUUUGGGGCAGGUGCUUCCUAAUGAAGCUGCAGGGGUUCUUUGUUAAUGGAGAUUAAGUAGAAGAUAGGCGCAUGUAUUCUAAGUUCUCUUGGUGACGGGUCUUCAUGCUUGUGCGUGUUCAAGCUUUCCAAGCUCUGCCUACAUACCAACAAUGUCUGGAAAGCUCAAGCAGCAGACAGACUCAGAGAGACACGUUCAAAAAUGAGAAGCAAAGAGCAGGAAGCACAUUGUGAACCCUGGACCUGUCUACUGCUCUCUUCUCCUCUGGGAAGCUCAACAGUGCUUCAACACAGAGAUACUCCUUCAUGGGGCUUGGCAAUAUUACAUCUUAUGAGGCCUGAAUAAUGUGCUGCAUACUAGGGCAAGCAAGCAUAAAAGCAUCACCAGACCUUGUUUCCAAAGUCCCAUACCCUCCCACAUUUCUCCAAUGAAAAUAGGGAUGUCCUAUUCCAUAAUAAUACUAAUUUUACUAUUUAUACCCUGCACAUCUUGACUGGGUUGCCCCAGCCACACUUGGUGGCUUCCAAUGAACAACAACAUUCAGCAUUAAGAAGCGUCACUAUACAGGGCUGUCUUCACGUGCCUCAGGGGGUCGGAUAACUCCAUACUCUCCAACAUUUCUCUGAUGAAAAUAGGAAUGUCCUAAGGAAAAGCAGGACAUUCCGGGAUCAGGUCGGGAACUGGGACAGUUCUGUAAAUCUGGGACUAUCCCUGGAAAAUAGGGACACUUGGAGGGUGUGGGAUUCCAGUUGGCUCCCACUGCAGAACAUCCAGUAUCUCAAUCUUGCAGCACUCACUAAAGAGAGGCCCACUGACAUUAUUAUUUGUGUAAUUAAUAGAUGUUAAGUGCUGUUUGCACUCUCCUCAGUUGGUAUCUCAAUGGAGGUUGGUCCAUUUGGGCAAAUGGGGCACUGCCCCACCAGCCUCUAGCUGCUGUCUGGCAGUCCCCAGCUGCCUGCCUUCUUGCUCCAGCAUGUGGUGACACUGGCUGUCAGCUUCCAACUUCUUAAGUCCCAGUGUUGGCCCUGUAGAACUCAGUGGGGAGGAGGAUGGGGACAAAACUAGAAUUAGCUGGCUCCACCUGUCCUUGGCUCUGUUUGUCUAUGUGGGUCUCCCUGGCUAUGUGGGUCUCUCUGGCUUCUACCUUACCAGUUCCAACGGGCACCAGUCUCCACUGAGGAGCAUGCUGCUCAUCAAAAAUUGGCAGUUUAUUUUCUGUUAACACUCCCAGCUGUUGUGUGGUUCUUUUGGAACAGAAUAAAGGAUACAUAAUCCAAAGUGGAGAAGAUUGGUUCUGCUCAUAUCACAGCCUCUGCCAAAAUUGAUUCCUACAUUCCCAUUGCUAUUUCUUUUGAUCCCAUAGGUUUCUGUUUAUGAAUGUCUGAUCAGCAUACUAUUAGGACUUCCUAACGUUUCCAAGAUUUGUUAUGCCAUUUUUAAAAGCUGUCAACAUUUGAAAAUAGGAACAUGCUGUGCUUAAAUAAAAAGUCACGAAGUGAUACAAAAGUAUGCUUCAGUCUUUCCAUUGCUUCUUGGGGACAGAAGCCUCUUCAUAUGUGUCAAGCUAUGAAGUGCUCCUAAGAAUAUUUAUCACAUGAAAGCCACAAACCACUGUAUUGACUUGGAUGGAUGCAUUGCGACUGCUGCCCUCAUGAAGCGGGAACCACAACUCAUAGCAAUGAUUAAAAGCCAGGGUCACCAACGCUUUGGACCCAGCGGUUACAUUUGGGAUUUUGAAAAAGUGCUGUGGCACGAGUCACAAAAUGGCUGCCAUGGAGACAUGACAGAACCUAACACAAAAUGGCUGCUGUGAGGUAUGUGGCAGAACACAAAAUGGUACCGCCGUGCCUCUCCAUCAAUGGUAAACAAAGGCACCUACACUCAGCACUGCCAAACUUGCCCACGGAGAAAGAAGCUCUUGGCAUCUCUCCUAUGUUCAGAAGGGUGUCCUGGUACACAAUGAACUGUGGACAUGCUUAGGAGGACAUGUUCAAUAUAACAGAGGCUGAGCCAGUGCAAAUAGGAAGAGAGUGGAAAGAGCACUCAUGGGAUGUGGAUUUUUGAGGGGAGACCUUUUUGAUGGAGACCUUUUGGAAACAACAGAGAAGGUACUUGCAGACACACAUGUGGGCACCACCUCUGAUUUAAAGCCACCUUCUGAAGAUUUUGAGUUGAGAAAUAUCCUUUACUACAUGGAGUGUGUGGGGGUAUCAGCAAAUACAUUCACCAUCAACACCAUACCACAUUUUCCCAUGUACCGUGUUUCUCCGAAAAUAAGACACUGUCUUAUUUUUCCUCAAACAACAACACACUGGCUUAUUUUCAGGGGGUGUCUUAUUUUUCUUUCUCCUCCUGCCGCGGCCGGCAUUGCUGCUGCGCCUAUCAUUAUGUCUUAUUUUCGGGGUAUGGCUUAUAUUCCUUGAAUGCUUUAAAAUCCUGCUAUGGCUUAUUUUAUGACUACGUCUUAAAAUAGGGGAAACAGGGUAUAAGACACCCCCAUGUAUAAGAUGACCCAUAUUUUUUAACCCAAAAUUUAAAAAUUAAGUUGUUUAGCUUUUGGGGUGGGGGAGGUCACUUCCACUAAUCGUUCACCCACCUACCCGCCACUGCUGAUCCCACACUAUGCCGCCACCAACGGCCCACCGCCCACUUGCCGCAGCCGCCAAUCGCCUGCCCAUCUCGCCACAGCUGCCAAUCACCUGCCCAAUUGCCGCAGCCACAGCCAAUCGCCUGCAGGCCUUGCUGCAGCCACCAAUCACCCGCCCAAUCGCUGCUGCCAAUCUCCUGCUUGCUGCUGCCAUUAAUUGCACAUCCCCCCUCUGCAUUCACUAUCACAAGACACCCAAUUUUUGCCUUCUUUAAAAAAGCAAAAGGCAUUGUCUUAUACACGGAAAAAUACAGUAUAUUCUAUUCUAGCCCCAGCAGGGGAAGCUAGUUUACAUGCUAUGAAAGUCAGUGGGCAGCACGCAGGGAUGUAACAAACGUUUCAUUCAAAAUGAUACCAGUCUAUGACUUAUGCUAGGACAAUGCAACAAUGUCAUGGGUAGGAGUGGUUGCUAUGAAUACAUGCAGAUCCUGUUGAUUGCUCCUUCUUGUAAAACUGUGUUUGACAUCAGGUAUAGCAGAGGCAUAUUUAACUACACCUCUGUUGAACCAAGAUGAAGCUUCCAGGGUGGCCACAUGUCAUCUUUUACAAAACACUGUUAUCUGUUUGAAGGAGUCCUCUGUUGCAGAGCUAUCUGGUCCAAGUCCAGUCUACAAAUAACCAACACUUAAGACUGAAGAACAAGAGGUUUCCUGGAAACUUAAGGCAGCAAACUGAGUGAGCACACAGGAAACCUAGCUUUCCUCACUAUGUAGAGAUGUACUAUAUUUCUACAAACAGGAGAUGGGUCGGAGCUCAGAGGUAGAGUAUUUACUUUGCACCCAGAAGGUCCCAGGUUCAAUCUCUGGCAUCUCCAUGUAGGGCUGGGAGAGACCCACAACUGAAAAACUGGAAAGAGCUUCUUCCGGCCAGUCUGUGAGCAAGAUGGACCAAUGCUCUUAGUAUAAGGUACCUUCCUAUACUGUAGUCCUAAUAUGACCAGAUACCAGGCUUAACCAAAACACGUUAACAGUUGUUUCCUCUUUGAACAGCUGAAAAAUAAAAUGUCCUUGAAGGUAAGGAAGUUCUUAAAAGACAAAUGCACAGGGAACAAAUGACUUUUGGUCAUCUGUCCCCCCUAAUGCCUCCUGUGUUUGGUUUCAGAGUUCCUGAAAGUCUUAAGUAGGUAUUCUUCCCAAAUUCAAAAAGGAUACCCAGAC